AUGGACAUCACCAGCUUCGUCGUCGCCUUCCGCGAGCGCGCCUUCCUGCUGGGCGACCACAGCGCCUACCGCGCCCAGCUGUCGCGCCGCCUGCGCAUCGUGCGGAAGAAGCUCGGCCGGGCCACGCCCAAAAAUGCCAAAUAUGCACCAAAGACGCCCGUGACGGCGGCCGAGAUUGGCAGCAACGUCGAGGCUCUCCACCUGCUGCUGCUCACCUCGGAGCGGGCAUGGGCGCACGCAAUGGCCAUGAAGGCCUCGCACUCGGAGGACAACGCCGACAAGAACAUCACCGGCUCCACCCGCCAGCACAUUGUCUCGCGCCUGCACAAGGCCGUCCAGAACGCCAACGACAUCGUGGGCCUGGUCUCGGACACGGCAGCAAGCGGCGCCACAGAGACGGACAUCCUCGAGGCCAGGGCCUACGCAUAUGCCCUGGCCGGCGCAGAGGAGUUUGAGAAGCAGGCCGAGGGCAUCAAGGCCAGCAGCGCCUCGCCCCAGCGCUGGACCCUGUGUCUGACCAACUACUCCGCCGCGAGGGUCAUCUAUAGCGCACUGCUCAAGGCCACCAAGAAGGACCUCUUCAAGGAAGUCCUGGCGGGCACCACCGACCCGAGCAUACGCUACGCCGCCUACCAGAGCCGCAUCCCGCGCACUGUUGGCGUGCCGGCUGUGUCGAAGAAAUUCUUCCCCAAGGACAACACCGAACUUGCUCAGGCAGUCGAGAAGCUCGACCCAGCCGCACUGCACGAGGAGGAUGCAGCUGCCUCUAAUUCUGAAAUCACAUGGCGUGGCCGGAAGGCAAACAUCGUCGACGCUGCAAUUGGCCAGGCAUUGGUCUCUGUGGAUGCUGCCUCCGCCGCCCUCGAUCAAUCCCUGGGCUCCACCACCUCCGCAAAAGACAAAGCCAACGCAUACGACGACAUCCUCAUUGCGAGCCAGGAUGCAGUCGACGCGACCAAAAGCGCAAUCGAAGAACUCGAAAAAGAGGGUGUCGACGAGGGAGACGCGCGCAUGCAGGAUCUUCGCGUCACCAGCCUCGCAGUCAACUACGACCUGAUCUCGUGGCGAAUCGGCCGUAACAGAGUGCUCAUCGGCUCAGACGACGGACUCACGUUCCCACCAAACCCCCCGCAAAAGCCACGCCGCGCACGCAAAGAUGGGAAAGAAUGGGCCGAGCGAGAGGAGCCUACAGGUCGCAAACUGGCCAGGCUACGUGAACGUAUCGCGCUGUACGACGCCAUCUUGCAGAGCAUCGACUCCGUCAAAGACAUACGCGGUGCUGUGCGCGACACGGCCUUCAUCUCGGAGCUGGACGGACAACGAGCGUACUUCCAAGCACUCAAAUGCCUGAACCUGUCGCACUCCCAUGCCUUCCUCUCCGCGCCCAAGCAAGCCCUCGCACUCUGCAACCGCGCCCUGCUCCUCUCAGCCUCAGCCGCAUCUGCCCCGCGACCCACAUCAUCCUCGCCAUCGAAAGCAUCGAAGUUGGAAGUGUCCCAAGAGCAAGCGCAAACCCUCAACAAGAACCUCGAAAAUCUAAACUCCCACUACCGCGGCGUGGUCGCGUUGUCGCAGCUCUCGGAGACGGUCUCGAAGACUGCCCUGAAGAACGCAGCGCCUGUCGUUGAGAGGCUGAACGAAUACCCUUCAUCUGGCGCAGUGGAUCUGCAAAACCUGGUUACUUGGCCGCCGAAGCUCAAGCCUGUGCCCGUCAAGCCGCUAUUCCUGGACGUGGCGUGGAAUUACGUAGAGUAUCCUGGUCGGGAGAAGGUCAAGGAACCCGAGCCUGAGAAAGUGGAAGUCGAGGCGGCGGAGGAGAAGCCGCCGCCUAAGCGCUGGUUCUCUUUUGGCAGGUAG